CAUUCUCGAAAAAUUCUUGAUGGUUCCGGAACCUGAGUUCAAAACUCUCCUGCACUGGUGGAGGUGAGGAGGAUAAAAGGAGGGAGGUGUAUCGGUAUGCCCAGAGCGACUGCCUUUUGAUGCACUCCCAACUCGAUUGCAUGGGCCUGCGCUUACCAGGAAUAGGUGUUUCUUAUGUCAAGACGUGUGCUGCGGUGCCAAUCCGACUGGAUUUGCUCAAUUUCAAGGUGUGCAUUUUUUGUUUGGGUCUGAUCUUUUGUUGGAGCACCUCAUUUACAAAUCAAUGACGGCUUAGCAUUUUCGCAUUCAUUCUCUGAACUGGGACUGGCUAACGGAUUUCGUUGAAUGCAGGAGAACUCAGGUUACCUCAUUCGCACACUUCACUGACCACUGGAGAGCUUCAAGAAAGGAUAUUAUAAUUUAAUCCGAAGCGCGUUUCUGAAAUACAGUACCAGCUUCCAAGCUCGUAUCGGCAA